GUCAGUGGAUACCAGUGUCCAACAGGAGUGCUCAUGGGUGUGGUGAGAGAAUUUUCCAAUCCAUCACCAUUGUGCCAAUUGUCCAUAAAGGAAAUGUGCGAGCAUAGCUCUGGUUUCAAAUGAAGGCACUCAAAUCUCAGGUCAAAACUCACAAAUGAGUAUGAAAGGAAUACAUGACUCAGAGGAUCUCGUUCUCGAGGAGGGCUCAAGUAAGCUCAGAGACCAGGUAGAUGGCAGUGGAAUGAGCCUGGGCAAGAAGAAGGGAGUGAAGGUGAGUGGGAAACACGUGGCCCCAGUGGACUGGGACAGAGGGGGGCCGUCCAUAGUCCACCACUCCGACUACGUGAGCAGCCCCAGACCCUCAGAAAACAACCCCACCAUCAUCUCUAUCAGCCCCUCUACCCACUCCCACAGGCCCUCUGGUUCUCAAGAGAGGGACCGGCCCAGGCAGGAUGAGGGCCCUCCCUCCAGGGUGGAGUGGUCCAGAGAGGGUUGCACCUACAGCCAAAGGGCGUCCAACAGCGAGGUGGGGGUCUCCCGACAGACCAUGGAUGAGUUGAAGAGUAUCCUGAAGGAUAGUUCCAUGCUUGGUGCCCGGGGGAAGGAGGAGGGGAGGCGUCCUGGAAGCCCAGCCCCUUACACCUACCUGCAUGGGACCAACCUGCAUGGGACCAACCUGCAUGGGACCAACCUGCAUGGGACCAACCUGCAUGGGUCCAACAGAGGAGAUGGACGUCCGGAGUCCCAGUCCUCCUUCACCACUUUCAAGCCCCACUCUGAUGCUUCCAAGAGGGUGUCCGCCAGGUCCAGGGACAGCAGCUCCCUCCAGCUUGGCUCCGGGAUGGACUCGUCAGAUGUGACUGGAGCAAACAGGCAAUCCGGAGUUUGGUCGUCCACGUUCGAGAACAGUAGUGCCAACUGUGGAGAGACCUGGAACUCACAAACAGAUAACAGUAAAGACAACAUGGAUAAGUCUGGGACUCAGAGCUUCUCAGCCAUGGAGCACAUCAAGCAGCAGAUUGUCCGGGAGAAUAUCAACUUUGUCCGCUUCGAGGCCACGGAUCUCCAUGGGGUGUCCAGGUCUAAGACAGUGCCAGUCCGCUUCUUUCAUGAGAAAGCAAUGUACGGGGUGCCGAUGCCAAGAAGCUACCUAGAGCUGACCCUGAGCCCUAAGAGCUGUGAGGUGGACCACGCCAAAAACCCUGCCAACUUCAGCAGCGACGUGCUGCUUAUCCCAGACCUGUCGACCUUCAGGGUGCUGCCCUGGGCUGAGCAGACGGCCCGGGUCAUCUGUGACCCCUGCAUGAUAACCGGCAGCCCCCUGCGCACCGCACCCCGCCUCAUUGCCAAGCAGCUGAUGGGGCAGCUCCAGAGCAUGGGUUUCUCCCUGUACUCCUCCUUCACCUACGAGUGCUGUGUCCUGGGAGCGCCCGACAGGGUGGGCCCCAAGACCAUUCUGUUCCCCGCCACCACCCUGGCCAGCAACCACGACCUGCCCUUCUUCCAGCAGCUGGUGAAUGGGAUGUACUGCAUGGGAGCCGACGUGGACAGUUUGGCCUCAGCCAUGGUGCCCGGCCAGAUGGAGAUCAACCUGAGGCCGGAGUUUGGCAUCGCGGCCGCCGACACCGCCUUCACGUUCCGUACCGGCAUCAAAGAGAUGGCGAGGAAACACAGCUACAUCGCCAGCUUCUUCACCGACGACAGCCUGUACAAUGCCGGGGUGCUUUCCCACUCUCUCUGGGACGCCAACGGCCGCCGUAGUCUCUUCCACACCGGGGACCAUGGCGGAGGGGAGCUGUCGGAGAUUGGCAGGAAGUGGCUUGCGGGGCUCCUGAGCCACUCGGCCGCCCUGAGCUGCCUGCUCUCUCCUGGGUUGAGCUGCCGCAGCCACAUCGCCAAGAAGGUUAAAGACCCCAAGCACAACGUGCUCUACGCCACCUACGGCUACAACGACAACAGCAGCGCCUUCAAUGUAAAAUGCCAUGGCGGGCGGGAGAUGCAUAUCGACAACAAGCUGGGCUCGGCCAUGGCUAACCCAUACGUGGUGCUGGCGGCCACCGUGGCGGCAGGACUGGAUGGUAUCAAACGCAACCUGGCGGCUGAGACGGGUCUGACCAGGGCCUCCACCCACACCCAGCUGGGGAAACAGCAGUUUUCCAUCCCUGUGAAGCUGGAAGACGCUCUGGUGGCUUUGAGCGAAGACCAUGUGAUUCGCGGAGCGCUGGGAGAACCAUUUGUGCAGUAUUUUAUUGCUCUGAAGCAAUUUGAGAUUGAGACUGAAGAACUGGAUGCAGAGAGGAACAAAUGUCUGGAAUAUUUCAUAUAGAAGUACUCAAUGUUGUACAGUCGGUUUCCUGUUAAACAAAUGGAUUGAUCGAAUUCACACAAUGCUUUCUUUCAACAUAUAUCUUUUUUUAUUCCAUAUUUGACAGAAAACAAUAAAAACAUGAUUGAAAUAUCAA